GAAAGAUCAGUGUGUGUCUAGCUCGUGGUGUAGAAGCAAACAUAUUUUCAAAGCUCUUUUCUCCCAACAAGUCACGCUGUCCUUGUGCCGCGCGAGCCUCUGAUGGCAAGAGUUCUGUUAGACACUCGCAUGACUGACUGACUACCUAGCUAACUGGCUGUCUGUUUGUCUACCUGGCUGUCUGGCUGUCUGGCUGUCUGGCUGUCUGGCUGGCUGGCUGGCUGUCUGGCUGUCUGGCUGUCUGGCUGCCUUCACUCACGUAUUCUGAUUGUGUUUUGUCACUCAUUCAGAUGCAGGAGAUUAUUCAAAUGUGCAGCAGCUUUGACGGCACCAAGUCCACCAAAGGCGCCUCCAAAAUGCGGAGGGACAUGAUUAACGCGGAGAUAUGUCAGCUAAGGGACCUCCUACCGCUGCCGCCCUCCACACGCCAGCGUCUGUCCCAGCUGCAACUCAUGGCCCUCGUCUGCGUCUACGUCAGGAAAAGCAACUAUUUCCAGCAAGUUUUUAAGGAACAAGAACAGAAUCUCAGUCCGACGCCAAACUUGGGAUUCUCAAAAGCCAUGAACGGUUUUAUCAUGAUGCUGACACAAGGCGGCAAGCUUCUCUACAUCUCUGACAACGCUGCAGAGUAUUUGGGUCACUCCAUGGAGGACCUGCUGAUCCACGGGGACAGCGUGUACGACAUCAUCGACAAGCAGGACCACGCCGCCGUGCAGGCCGAGCUGGUGCGCGCCGCGGCGGCCUCGCAGCAGCUGGGCGGCCACCACCACGCCCACCACCACCACCACCACCACGCCGCCCACCACCACGGCGGCGGCGGCGCCCACGCCUCGGGCCUGGGCGAGGACCACCGCCUGUUCCUGUGCCGCAUGAACGUGUCCCGCAACGCGCGGCGCCAGAUGCGCUUCGGGGACCAGAAGGUGGUGCUGGUGGCGGGCCACUACCUGUCCUACCUGCCGCUGUGCUCGCGCAACGAGCCCGUCUUCCUGGCGCACUGCACGCCCGUGGCCAUGCCGGAGACGCGCGAGAGCGUCGUGCAGGGCGCCACCAACGUCUUCACCUCCGUGCACACGCUCGACAUGAAGUUCAUCUCGCUCGACAGGAACGGCGAGUUCUACCUGGGGUACUCGCGGUCGUCGCUGUCCGGCGUGUCGUGGUACCACCUGCUGCACCCUGAGAACAUGCGGGAGGCGCAGACCAAGCACCGCCUCAUCACCACCAGCGAGCAGGACCGCGCGUGCAUCCUGCUGGUUCGCCUGCAGGCCGCGGGCGGCACGUGGCGCUGGGUGCACUGCGUCCUGCAGGUGAAGGACGGCGCCGACUCCACCCACACGCAGGCCGCAGCAGGCGGCGGUGGCGGCGGCGUGGCCGGCGGGGGCGGCGGCGGCGGGAGCGGCCAGACGCAGCAGACACAGACCCAGCAGACGCAGCAGGCGCAGCAGGCGCAGCAGACGCAGCAGCAGCAGCAGCAGCAGCCGGUGAUCGUGGCCACCAACCAGGUGGUGGGGGAGCGCGAGGCCGCGGUGCUGCGCGCCAACUCGUGGCUCUACCACUACUACACCGUGCACUCCAAGCUGCAGUACGGCCUCGCCUACGACGCCGCAGCCGCCGCCGCCGCCGCCGCCGCCGCCCACCGCGUGCACGCCUACUACCCGCCCGUCGUCACCUACCAGACGGACGCCGCGGCUGCGCCCUACCUGCCCUCCACGGCGCUCGCCAGCGGCGCGGGCCACCUGCACGCCGCCACGCCCGCCGCGGCGCCGCACCCGCUGUCCUCCGCGUACGCCGCGGCGCAGCUGCAGCACUACCACCACCACCACCACCACCACCACCACUACUCACCGCGCCAGCAGCAGCAGCAGCAGCAGCACCAGCAGCAGCACCACCAGCAGCACCACCACCACCACCCACAGACGCAGGCGCCGGGCGGCCUGGACUACCCGCGGGACGGAGCCCCCGCCUGGGGCUGCCCCGACGCGCCCGCACACACCCACGCCCACGCCGCCGCCCUAGCACCCGCGCCCGCACACCGCCCGGGCAAGAAGGGGGCCUCGCCCCUCGCCUCGCCGCGCCGUUCGCCGCCCACGCCCGUGGCGGCGGCAGUGGCGGAGGGCGGCGGCGGCGUGGCGGUGGCGGCGCCCGUGGCGGUGCGGGCAGCGUCCCGCGGGACGCACAAGGGCGCGGCGUCCCCGGAGCCGCGAGCCGAGGCUCCUUGGAAGGCGUCGCCCACGCAGGAGGUGCCAGAGUACCCGGAGUUCUCCUACGUCACGCCGCCCUACCCCGCCGCUGCCACGCCCACGCCCGCGCACACGCCCACGCCCACCAAGCUGCACGCCUUCACCUUCGACGCCGCACACGACGCCCUGGGCCGCGACCAGCGCGUGCCCUCCCUGGAGGCGGGGGAGCUGCCCCCAUGGACCACAGACCUCUCCCCCCACCGCGUCGCCCCCUGGCUGCCCGCCCUCGACGACCCCCCCGCCCCCUCAGACCCCUGCACCCCGCGGCGCUGUGAGCCUGAGCGUGUGUGCUUGUGUAUAAGUGUGUGUGUGUGUGUGUGUGUGUGUGUGUGUGUGUGUGUGUGUGUGUGUGUGUGUGUGUGUGUGUGUGUGCGUGAGCCACGGACGCCUGUGUCGCGCACACAGGCGUCUCGUCGGCCACGGCAGGAGACGAGGAGAGAAACCCCACCAAGCCCCCCACCCACCCCGCCCUCCCUCCCACCAGGCCUCGCCUCCCCACCACCAGCAGCAGCAGCAGCAGCAGCAGCAGCAGCAGCAGCAGCAGCAGAAGUAGCGUGGCGGGCGUGGGGCGGGCUGCCUGUACAGACCCUUAGGCUGAUAGACACCCUGAUAGAUACACUAGACCCAGAGAGAGAGAGAGAGAGAGAGAGAGAGAGAGAGAGAGAGAGAGAGAGAGAGAGAGAGAGAGAGAGAGAGAGAGAGUAUAUAGUGUACUACAACAAUGUGCAAUGUUUACAAUGAGAGUUAUAUAUAUAAAUACAAAAUAUAUAUCAUUUUAUUUACAUAAU